AUGUCAGUAAUUUUGGAACUUUAUUUUCCCUGGUCCCCAUGGGCCUCUUCUUUGCACAGGUACCUGGAGCUGGAGAGCAGUGGCCAUCGGAAUGAAGUCAGACUGCAUUAUCGGUCAGGCAGUCACCACCCGCACACGGAAGUCUUUCCAUACAUUUUGGCUGAUGACAAUUGGCACAAGCUCUCCUUAGCCAUCAGUGCCUCCCAUCUGAUUUUACAUGUUGACUGCAAUAAAAUAUACGAGAGAGUGGUGGAAAAGCCCUCCACAGACUUGCCUCUGGGCACAACAUUUUGGCUGGGACAGAGAAAUAAUGCGCAUGGAUAUUUUAAGGGUAUAAUGCAAGAUGUGCAAUUACUUGUCAUGCCCCAAGGAUUUAUUGCUCAGUGCCCAGAUCUUAAUCGCACCUGUCCAACUUGCAAUGACUUCCAUGGACUCGUGCAGAAAAUCAUGGAGCUGCAGGACAUUUUGGCCAAAACAUCAGCCAAGCUGUCUCGAGCUGAGCAGCGAAUGAAUAGAUUGGAUCAGUGCUAUUGUGAGAGGACCUGCACCACGAAGGGAACCACCUACCGAGAAUUUGAGUCCUGGACCGACGGCUGUAAGAACUGCACGUGCCUGAAUGGAACUAUCCAGUGCGAAACUCUGAUCUGCCCGGUUCCUGACUGCCCCCUUAAGUCGGCUCUUGCAUACGUGGAUGGCAAGUGCUGUAAGGAAUGCAAAUCAAUAUGUCAAUUUCAAGGACGGACCUACUUUGAAGGAGAGAGAAAUACGGUUUAUUCCUCUUCUGGAGUAUGUGUUCUCUACGAGUGCAAGGACCAAACCAUGAAGCUGGUUGAAAGUUCUGGCUGUCCGGCUUUGGAUUGUCCAGAAUCUCAGCAGAUUACCUUGUCUCAUAGCUGUUGCAAAGUUUGUAAAGGUUAUGACUUUUGUUCUGAAAGACAUAACUGCAUGGAGAAUUCUGUCUGCAGAAAUCUGAAUGACAGGGCUGUUUGUAGCUGUCGAGAUGGUUUUAGGGCUCUUCGAGAGGACAAUGCCUACUGUGAAGGUAAUCCUUGUAAUGAUGUGUAG